GAGGGCGGAAGUGGCGUCAAUGGCCGGGGUAGGGGGGAAGAGGAAGAAAAGGGCUGGUGCAUUUGGCGUGCGGGGUGCCGGAGGGACGGGAGGAUGGUGCUGAUCAAAGAGUUCCGGGUUGUGCUGCCUUGCUCCGUAGAGGAGUAUCAGGUGGGGCAGCUAUUCUCUGUUGCGGAAGCCAGCAAGAACAACACUGGUGGCGGCGAAGGGAUUGAGGUGCUAAAAAAUGAACCUUACGAGUGUGAAGGGGAACGGGGCCAGUUCACCCACAAGAUCUACCACCUCCAGAGCAAAGUACCUGGAUUCAUUAAGAUGUUCGCCCCUGAGGGGUCCCUAGUUGUUCACGAGAGAGCCUGGAAUGCCUAUCCCUAUUGUCGAACAGUUAUUACGAAUGAAUAUAUGAAGGAUGAUUUCUUCAUCAAAAUUGAAACCUGGCACAAACCAGAUUUAGGUGACCAAGACAAUGUCCACAGCCUCGAUGCGGAAACUUGGAAAGAUGUUGAGGUGGUCCAUAUAGAUGUCGCUGAUCGGACGCAAGUGUCAGAUGAUGAUUACAAGCCAGAUGAAGACCCGGCUCUUUUCAAAUCACUGAAGACGGGCAGAGGGCCUCUUGGUCCUGACUGGAAGCGGGAACUAGCCAACAAUGAAGAUUGCCCCCACAUGUGUGCCUACAAACUUGUGAGCGUGAAGUUCCGCUGGUGGGGUCUUCAGGGCCGAGUGGAAAAAUUUAUCCAAAAGCAAGAAAGACGCCUCUUUACCAACUUCCAUAGGCAGCUAUUUUGCUGGUUGGACAAGUGGGUGGAUUUAACCAUGGCUGACAUUCGACGGAUGGAGGAAGAGACACAGAGGGAGCUUGAUGAGAUACGCCAGAAGGGCACUGUGAGAGGAAUGACUGCAGGGGACGAAUGAGUGCCCCCUACUGCCUGGGCCGAGAAGUAACAAGGUGCAGUGCCCUUUCUGACCUGAGAUUGGACCUCUCUUCGUGGGACUCCGCUCUCCCUCCCCUUGCCACCUUGGGAGGGGAAGAUGGGUCCCCGUUCUUCUCCGUCCUUCUGGUCCGAAAAUACUGUAUUCAAAACUGCCCCUGCUUCUGCCGGCACGGGAAACCCCAGGAAACUGCCCUUUACUUCUUACUGAUCAUGGAUUAAUAGGUGCCCCCCUCACCACAAGUGGGGCCUUAAAAGGGGGAGGCAAGGACCUUCCAGGGUGGGGUGGGGAUGUCUCUCUUAUUUUUGCCCUGCAGGAGCAGGGCUGCAUGACUAUUAAUAAGAUUAACCUUAACCUUAUUUGAAAUUGUAUUGGGGUGGGGAGGGGCUUUCUAUAGGCCAAAGGGAAAGGAAGAUCAGGAAAGCUUAAAUGGGGGUGGGGAGGAAGAGAACGAGUGAAACUAUAUACGGAGCAUCAUUUUCGCCUUCACUGUGGAUUUAAAAUUGUCUUUCGGAGAGGCAUGGAAGCGCUGCUUCAGCACCACAUUCA